UCCGACGUUAAAUCCUGGGAAGGCAGCUUGGAAUCUGUUUCCCCCACCCCCUUUCCGCAGCCCCUCUUCCUCUUGGCUGUGCCCUUUCAUAAACUGGGAACUAACUGCCCCCCCGGGGGGGGGGGGCCUGGUUUCCGCCACCCAUUGCAGGCAGUGGCUGGUCCCCCAAGAGGCAGGGCAGCAAAGCCACCUUUAGGGCACGGACUGUACAUAUGCCUGCUCAGAUGUAAGGGGUCCCAAAUCCACAGCAACGGAGCAGCCGCCAGUGGGUGCCUGCAUGCUUCUGUGCUGUCUAACCCCCCCCCCUGGGGUCCUUUCUUUGGAAGUUGCAGAAUCGUGACUGAGCAAAACCUUGCCCACAUUUGGUGGAAGGUACAGGCCACCGUGGGGACUAUUUUUCCUAGCCAUUGUCAGCUACAAGUAAUCUGAUGUCUUCUUUACUUGCUGACCAGGAUCUUCCAGGUUGAAAUGGGGAAAUAUUUUAAAAUCUGUGUUGCCAGCCUCACAUUUCCAGGGGACUGAAUAGCUGGCCGGAUAGCUUGGUGUUUUAGGACAGGUAUCUGGUUGCUGGGUCAGAGGUGGGGAAUUGGAUUCCCCGCUGUGGAUUCCAGACGAGCCAGCCUGGGUGGCCCUGGGCAGACUGCACAGUCCCAGAAAUGCCCCGGAAAGAAGGGAAGGAGAAACCCCUUCUGAGCGUUCACUACCUAGAUAGAAGACCCUGAAAAGGGUUGCCGUAAGUCACAAUUGAUUUGACAGCCCAUGAUGGGGAUGAUGAUGACGACGAUUAGAUGACUACAAUGAGUGUUUCUUCCCAGUGGGCAGAGUUCUAAGGCUGGUGGGGUAUCUGGUGGAGAAUUUCAAGCGUGAUAAGGCAAAGGGGCCUCAUGUGCUCUGGAGCCGCAACAAUAUUUUGCCAUUGUGGUUUGGACUGGAUGGCACUGGAGGGCUGAGAUCAUGAAGAGAUUUGGAGCUUCUCAGGAGGAAGUGGAAGAAUUGCUGCCACAUUUCUGGGUCUCCUUUUAAAAAUGGCUUAGUUUUUCUCUCUCCCCCCCCCCCUUGGUGGGUUCCCUUGGGAUGGGUACAGUGUGGCUGGUGGUUGUGGUUGUGGUGCAGCCUUGAAGGGAGUUAUGCUGCCUGUGGCAUCCUCUGGCCAGGCCUCCUUUUUCUUUUCCUGGAUCUGCCACAGUCUCUUGAGUUAUCUUUCAUUGACCCUGGUUGCGGCUUCUCAUGUGGACAGGAGAGGGUGGCGUGAAAUGCGGCUGGUGUGAACAUGCGGCUGUUGAGGUCACCUGAUAAACUUUUCAUCCUGUAAGCCUUUCAUGCUUAGCAGGCCUUUAAAAACCAACCAGGUCUGAUGUGAAGACCUUCAUUUGACCCAAAUGGAAUGUCACUUGGGGUGGAAGGCUGUUUUCUUGUGACUGCGCUGGGUGUCUUUCCAAAGCUAUCUUGGCAUGCUUAGUGGAUACCGUUUUAUCUGGCUGUGGAAAGGGUCCAAAGCUCUCCCAUGGAUAUAUACAAGGAGGACUGCAGGAGGAGGUUUCUAAAGAGAGUGGUCAGAGUAGACUGAGAAAGAGGCCGAGGGCACCUGUUUGGUCCUUGGGUUGCAGAAGAAGAGAAGCGGUCAUUAUUUGUCCAACAGCAGUGCUAGAUGUACGAAAGGACAGAAGACAUUUUAAAAAGGCUAAAGGAAAAAUUCAUAAAAGACAUUUCCCAAGGGGCAGCGGUUUUAGUAUGUUGCUGCAAAACCAUUUUUAAAAGGCCCAUUGGUGUGGAAGAGUGCCUGCUUCUGUAAGAGGUUGCCUUGAUGUCUGUCUGAUGGGGUUGUGCUCUGGGCAUCUGAAGAAAUGGCCUGCAGGCCAUGGAAGCUCUUGCCAAAUGUUUUAGUCUUUGAGGUGUCACAACAUCUUUAUUACAGGAAAUGUGUAGUAUUGGUGGCCAUGAUUCCAGAUUUUUAUCAGUCUUAGAGGAGGUUGCUUGAUUUGAACAUGUCAUACUCUCCCGUGAGUAAGUGGCUUUGCAAAACCUGUGCCUGGAUUCCUCCUUCUGCAGAGUGAAGAGCUUUCUGGCGGCCUGGCAUGUUUGGACAUCUCCUCCAGACAACCAGGUUUUGGGAGUGGAAGGCUCUCUUCUGGAAUGAUGCCCUGUUCUCCCCAAUACUUUGUUCAGGUCUGCUAGACAUCAUGGGUUCUCUUGGGGUUUUGGGGCAGACGCACAUGUUCUCCUUGUCUCCUGUGGGUGCUCAUGGUAGUUCUGUAGUUGCGGAUAAGACGGCACCACAAAGGCAUAUCUAUAUAUGUCACAGGUUUUUCUGGAGGGCUCAAAAGUUCCAUAUGAGGAGAGAGAAAUGAAUCUCGCUCUUCUGGAUUCUGUACCCAGGAUGUCAGGACUGCUGUUACAGAGGGACGGGUCUCCAUACUACCUUAAGUUGUAGCCCACCCUUAGGCAUUGGGGGCGCAAACUGUUCCAAAGAAAAGAAUGAUAGAAAGGCUGGGUCUGGAAAAUACUUGCAGAAGUCUUGGGUUGGUUCAGAGAAGGGACAGCAGAGGUUGAGCAAGUUCCAGACUGCCUGCCUGUCGGGACCCUUCUGCCAGGUGGGAUCAAGGCUCCAGGAGCUUUGACCAGGCAGGUGUUUACGGAAGGGCUCCAGUCCGGGCACGAGGACAGCUUUGCCUGUCCCCCGCCCCCAGCCGUAGCUCCUUAGCAAAUACUGUUCAUUAUUUCUGAAGGUAAAAGUUCCAGCAAUGAGCGUGGACAGAUUCUUCUCCCUCAUCCAAAAGUCUCAGUCAAAGCCCCAGAGGCUUGUUGUGCCCAUCACUGCGUCUUGUCGCAGCAAAUUUCUUCAGUGAUGUAAAAAGAAAUACUUUUUCUUUUCUAUCUGGAAUCGCUAUCGAUUUCCAUAGGUGGCCCUCCAUUCUGUUAUUAAUUAUGCUUAUGUUCAACCUUUACAAUUAUAGUCAAAAUAUAGCAGAAUCACAAGAAUACGCAGUCAAAACCGAAAAACUCACUGGGACCCCUUCUCAUGGGCCUGGCAUAGACCAGCUUCUGGCCUUGGUUUGCCUGCCUAGUAUCUAUUGUGAUUACCUGCCUUCUCUCCUUCCCCCCCCCGCUACCCCUUCUGUGAAUAUUUUCAUGUGCCUCCUUAAUCAUCUUUCCCCCCCCAAAAAACAGCUCAUGUCAUCCUGCCAAUUUUCUUCUUCUUUUUGCCCAUUUUCUGGUUGCAUCUUUUUUCUGACAUGGAAGGGCCACGUGCCUGUGGCGAAAUGCAGCCACGGCAUGGUCUGUUUUCUGGGAUGCAGGGAGAGCCAAACCUGCACAGCCAAACCCUUCCCUGUUGCUCUUGGCCCCGGCCAUUCCUUUGCUUUCUGCGUACUGGGCUUGUCUUGUCUUUCUUUUGUGUGGAUCCUAAGGGGAGGGGCAGGCAGUAAGGAGAUCUUCCUGUUGUAUAGAGCGACGGAAAGGACACUUUUCUUGAUCCGCCCAUGAGCUUUUGGGGUCAACAUUUUUGGGCAGGCUUUCAUGUGCAGGGAAAGAUGCUCUCAAGGUGGCUUUGUGUCGGUCUUUAGAACUACAGUAAGGAGCGAUGAACUUUGCACCAGCGCCGCAGGCAAGCUCCCAGCAGCCAGGCUCAGAGGGUGUCUGUGACCCUGGCUGACUCUCAGUACCCUAUUUACUGACUCUUUCUUCUUCUUAUGGGUGCAGGGUUUCUCCAGACAUGCAGCAGAAGUAAACGGGCACAGAAGGAUGAUCCUAGUAUUCAGACUUGCCAAAUGAAUCUGAUUUACUUGUUUGAGUUGCUGAUGUGAAACAUGGUCUCCCACCUCUGGAAAACUUUCCCAGGAGAUGCCCACGGGAGAUGCUGUCCAGCAGGUGACAUUUGAGGCUCCCUUCAACUGUGUUCCCUUGGAGGAGCUCGCAGGGGAUCCGCAAGGAGUCGGUGGAGGUGGUGAUGGAGAACUACGAGCUGGUCACGUCCCUGGGUUACCCAGUUCUCAAACCUGAUCUCCUGUCUCGAAUUGAGCGUGCGGGAGAACAAUGUGCUGGUGAUCAGCUGGAUUCUAGCCGAGGGAUUCCAACAGAUCCCUGUCCAGGCUACCGUUUUUUCAAACCUGAGAGCUUGUCGUGGAUUGAGCGGUGGGAGGAACUCGGCGUCACGGACCGUCAGAAGCUGGAGGAAGGCAAGCUGUGCUCAGGCUCCUGUCAAGGAGCAGCUGGCCGUGGCAAGGCCAUCAAGGAAGAAGAAGGUGGCAGCCAGAAGGGCUUUGUGGCCAGCUUGGAGCGCUACCAAUUGUUCCCUGAUAGUUCCCGGGCAGGCCUCUUCCUGGCCCCCAACAGCACCCAGCUGAGGAACCAGCCCCGUGUCAAGAAGGAGGAAGCGGCCUCCUGCGAGCCGAGCCUCUGCGGCCCCGGGCGCCCCUCCCAGGGCCUGGGCUCCGGGCCCUUCACCUGUGUCGUCUGCGGGAAGUGCUUCCGCCAGAAGCAGGGCCUCAUUACCCACGGGCGGAUCCACACUGGGGAGAAACCCUACCCCUGCCUGGAGUGUGGCAAGCGCUUCCGCCAGCGCCCUAACCUGCUGACCCACCAGCGGGUGCACACGGGGGAGCGCCCCUUCCCUUGCCUGCGCUGUGGCAAGCGCUUCAGCCAGAAGGCCAACCUGGCGGCCCAUCAGCGCACCCAUGCGGUCCAGGAGGGGCUGAUCACGCCGGAGCCCAAGGUGCCUGUGCCCCGAGGCAGCCGCCAGACGGAGAAGCCCUUCCCCUGCAACGUCUGUGGGAAGAGCUUCAGCCAGCGGCCGAACCUCAUCACCCACCAGCGCAUCCACACCGGGGAGAAGCCCUUUGCCUGCACCGAGUGCGGCAAGCGCUUCAACCAGCGGGCCAACCUCAUCACCCACCGGCGCAUCCACUCAGGGGAGCGGCCCUUCCCGUGUGCCACCUGCGGCCGCCGCUUCAGCCAGAAAGGCAACCUCGCAGCCCACCAGCGCACCCACUCUCAGCAGCGGCCCCACGCCUGCGCCUGCUGCCCCAAACGCUUCAAGGGCGAGUCUGCCCUGCGGGCCCAUCAGCGAACCCACCGGCAGGUCUUGGGGGCAGAUCCAUUAAUGGGCACCCUUCUGGCAGCUCCUGGCCUGCAGCAGGCCGUCCCUGGGGACCCUGCCUCUGCUGCAGCCCAGCGGGCGACGCCAGCCCCCCGCCAGGACCUUCCUGGUGAUUCCACUCCGGGUGUCCACAGGGCUGCCCCCUCUGGCCAACCACCGCAGCAGCAGCAGCAACAACAACAACCACAGCAGCAACAGCAGCAGCAGCAGCAGCAGCAACAACAUGGAGCACCUCAUGGGGGCCAGAGUCUUCCUGCAGAUCCCUCACCAGGCCCCCACGCAGCAGGCCCAACCGGGCACCUCCAGGGAGUGGCCUCUAGCUCCGAACAGGGCCCCAAGCUGAGCGCCCCACCCACCGUGAUGGAUCCCCACGCGGAGAUGCUCCAUUGCCAGCGGCGGCUGAGCCUGGCUGCCCUGCCCACAUCCAGCUCCCAUUCCGUGGUGCCCAUGGGGCAGCCCCAGCCGGUCACCUCCAAGCCGAAGGGUGUCACCGGUCCCCGGCCCACCGCUGUGGACGCGCCGAGCGAGAUGCUUCACUGCCUCUGCCACGCCAGCAGGGCUUCGUUGGUCAUUCCUCACCCGCCGCACCUGGGGCAGCUCCAGCCGGGGAGCCGAGACGCCCCUGGCCGGGCCUGGCUGGGCAUUCCUUGCCCUGCCCGCACCCUGCAGCUCCAGCAGGGCGCCCAGAGCCAUCCGGUCGGCCCCAACCCCAGACUCUGUUCGAUCCCGGACUCCCUGCGAUACUGCCUCCCCUGCUCGAAGACUCGUAAGACGACUGGGGGAAGCGGAGAGGGAAGAGCUGCCUUUGCCGAGGUCCCCAAAGCAGCCGGGACGGUGCCUGCGGAAGCUUGCCCAUCCUUCACGGAGAGCUCAGAGCCCACCGAGUGGGUGCCCGUGGCCUUUGAGGACGUGGCGGUGCUCUUCUCGCCCGAGGAGUGGGCACAGCUCGAAGAAUGGCAGCUGGACCUUUACCAGGACGUGAUGGCGGAGAAUUAUGAGCUGGUCUCCUCUCUGGAAUGCCUGCUCUCGGUCCCUGAGCUUCUCUCCCGCCUGGCACGAGGGGAGGCGCCGCGCGCCGUGGAGACCCCCCGCCUUGCUGAGAAGAGGGACUCCCCAGCCACUGGACCCCCCAGGGAGGAGGAGGAGGAGGAAGAAAGGGGCCUCGAUGAGGAGCAACCACCUGAGGUGGUGAAGAAGACCUGCCCGCGCCCCUCCAGGCCUGCAGGGAAGGGGCCCAGGAAGAAGAGGCCCCUCUCCCGGGACAAGCGGAGGCGGCCAGCAAGCUCAGAGUCGGGCCCGGGAGCCCCGGAGAGCCUCCAGCAGCAGGAGCAGUCGCAGACGCCGUGGGCCCCCCGGAAGAGGGAGAAACCGUUCAAGUGCCCCAAGUGCCAGCGCCGUUUCCUGGGCCGCCUGGGCGCCAGCCCCAGCGCCAGCCCCUUCUCGUGCGGCCAGGGCGAGGGCCCCCUGCCCUUCUGGCCCGAGAUGGCCUUGCACCAGCAGGCCCCCGCCGGCCACGGGUUCAACCCCUGGGCCCUGGGGUUCGGGCCCCAGCCCUUGGCCGGGCCACAGGCCCCGGGGCUGCACGGCAACGGGGAGUUCAUUUGCGACCAGUGCGGCUGGAGCUUCCACGGCUGGGAGGAGCUGGUCACCCACCAGAUGGCCCACAUGGCGGCCGAGGGCAUCGCCGGCUCCGUGCCCAAGGCGGGGGCCCUGGCCCAGCUGGCCGCCGACCGGCCGUACUCCUGCAACCAGUGCGGGAAGAGCUUCCGGCACAAGCCCAACUUGUUGGCCCACCGGCAGGUGCACACGGGCGAGCGGCGCUACCAGUGCCAGGAGUGUGGGAAGUCUUUCGGCAGCAAGGCCUACCUGGCCUCCCACCAGCACAUCCACACGGGCGAGAAGCCCUACGUCUGCGGCCAGUGCGGCAAGAGCUUCCGGCACAAGCCCAACCUGAUCUCCCACCAGAAGAUCCACACCCGGGAGCCGCUCCCCCAGAGCCACCCGCUGGACGCCUUCAACGGGGGCGGCGGCGGGGAGGCCUUCCCGAACCCCCGGCCCCUGGGGGACCCCCUCGGGGUGGAAGCCUUCCACUUCCGGUGCAAGCCCUACCUGGUGGCCCACAUCCGCAUCCACACGGGGGAGAAGCCCUACGCCUGCAGCCGCUGCCCCAAGCGCUUCUCCCAGAAGUCCAACCUGGUCUCCCACGAGCGCCUGCACACGGGGGAGAAGCCCUACGCCUGCCCCCUCUGCCCCCGGGUCUUCAGCCAGGGGUCCAACAUGCGGGCCCACCAGCGCAGCCACAGGAACGUGGCCCCCGUGGACGUGGAGGCUGUCUUUCGCCAGGGAUACUCGCCUGCUGGACAGACUCAGCCGCCCCCCCAAGAUUGCCAGGCGCGGCGGCCAAUCCCUGCACCCAACCUGCCAGCGGUGAUGCCGCACUUGGUCCACCUCGUGCAAGCGCGGAGGGUCCAGCGGGUGGCCGAAGGCGGGGCGGAGAGUCCGGCUCGCCAGGACGUUUCGGCCACGCCUGGGGAGCAUUCCCCCGCCUCCCACCCCCAAAAAGGGAUUUUAAAGGGGAAGCAGCUGCAGCGGCAGCAGGUUCGAGACCUGGAAGAGGCCUUGGCAAGCGGGGUGGACGGGGAGGAGGAGGAGGAGGAGGAGGCGCCCCCUCUCUGGCGCGGAACGGGACCCCUUCGCCUCGGCGGAUGGGCCUUGGUGGUCCUCCCUGGAGCAGCCCUAGGCAAGCUGCAUGAUGGUCUCCGAACGGAGGCUGAAGCGGGCCGUGGUCGCGGAAGGGCACCCGAUUUCUCCCCCAAUCUUGACGCCAUGUGUCUUUCCCCACCGCCUGCCUCUCGCUUUUGCCCGGUGCUCCGGUUCAUCCGGCUGUUUCUUCUGUUUUCCUCCCCAGGAAGCAAGAGCCCCAUGGAGGAGGGGGUGACGGAGCCAGGGGCGCGGCCCCCCCAGGGCUCGCCGCGUGGGGAGGAGGAGCCGUUGCUCUUCCCCGCCUGGGAGGAAGGCUCCGGGGACGAGAACGCCCUGGUCAUCCACAGCCAGGCGGAGGAGGAGGAGGAGGCGGCGGCGGCCGCCUUCAAGUGCCUGCUCUGCGGGGAGAGCUUCGGCCAGCAGCCGGGCCUCUUGCGCCACCAGAAGCAGCACCACGCCGGGGAGCGGACCUUCGUCUGCGCCGAGUGCGGCAAGGGCUUCGGCCUCAAGCACAACCUCAUCAUCCACCAGCGGAUCCACACGGGGGAGAAGCCCUUCGGCUGCGCCGCCUGCGGGAAGCGCUUCAGCCUCAAGCAGAACCUCCUCACCCACCAGCGGGUCCACGGGGACGGACGGCCCGCCGCCUGCGCCGCCUGCGGGAAGAGCUUCCGGGAGCAGCGCCUCCUCCUGGCCCACCACACC